AUGAGAGAUGGAAAUGGAAUGGAUGCUAGCAUUCAAAAGACGAAAAUCCCUGGAAUUGUGCUAGUAGAAACGAUGGAUGUGUUUUACCCGUUAGUCGAUGAUCCCUAUAUUCAAGGUCGCAUCACCUGUGCCAAUGUACUUUCGGACCUGUACGCCAUGGGUGUCUCAGACUGUGAUAAUAUGUUGAUGUAUCUCGGAAUCGCGCGCAAGAUGUCACCAGAGCUGAAGGAGACCGUUACAAAACUCUUCAUGCGUGGAUUCCAUGAUUUGGCCCAUGAAGCUGGCACUAAAGUUACUGGUGGACAGACAAUUCAAAGCCCUUGGUACACCAUAGGCGGAUCAGCUACUUCUGUAGUGCAAGAAUCAGAAGUCAUUAUGCCUAUUCAUGCUAAAGAUGGAGACGUCUUGGUGUUGACGAAACCGCUAGGCAAUCAACUGGCCGUCAAUGCUCAUACAUGGCUGUUUAAUGAAGAAAAGUACAAUCGUGUUCGUGACAUUAUAAGCAAAGAGCAUGUUGUUGACGCAUACGAAACUGCCAUCAGAUCAAUGUGCAGACUCAAUCGAAACGCGGCCAAGCUGAUGCAUCAACAUUCGGUGCAUGCUUCAACAGAUGUCACAGGCUUUGGAAUCCUUGGCCACGCUGAGAAUUUGGCCAGUAAUCAAGAAGCAGACGUCGACUUUGUCAUUGAUACCCUCCCAAUUAUUGACAAGAUGUGGGAAGUGAAUGCCAAAGUGAAUUUCAAACUUGAGAUUGGACGAAGUGCAGAGACCUCUGGGGGUCUCUUGAUUGCUCUACCUGCUGAAAACGCCGACGCAUAUAUAAAAGAACUUGAAUCCAUUGAUGAGUGCCCGGCUUGGAUUGUUGGUCGUGUUGUUUCAGGAACGCGAAAAGCAAGACUGGCUCCAAAUCCUACCAUCAUACCUAUACCUUACCGACCUUUACCUUCCAGACCAUUCUAA